AUGGAAUCAUUUCUCUCUACAUUACCACCUUAUGUACAUGAGUUUCUCAACAGGCAUCCGCCUACCGAUGUUUUCAAUGUGCUUCGAGAACUCAUCUGUUUCGCCGUCCUUUAUUCAAAUGACCGUGAAAAGAUUCUUAGUAUAACACCAGAACCAGUAGCGAGCAUAAGCGAAAGAAUACUGUCAUCCGCUGCAAGGCAGGAAUAUGAAGCAGCAGCAGCAGCAGCAAAACCACCACCUGCUGCCAUCACUGCUGAGCCUACACCUGUUUCAUCCGCUUCUUCUUCCGUACGAUCCGCAACGGACACACCUCCACCGACAAAAUCAGGCGUGCCAUAUACCUUCCCAGAAUGGUGGGGGCAUCAUGACGAACCGGAGCCCAUAAGUAUGGCUUGA